AUGAAGGAAGCCAAUUCCUUCCAAACCCAGAGAAAGCCCUCCGAGCAACACACCCCGUUCAGUUAUUUAGAAAGCGAUUUGCCUUCACUUUUCCUUCGGCGCCGAAAGACGAACAGGAGUUACGAUUCUACAUCAAUCUCCCCCAUCUCUCCAUCUGGUGGGGCUCAGGACAGGAAAAGGUCUGGGGGAUAUUCAAACAAGAGCAAUAUUGAUGGGAAUACAAGUUCACUGGCAUCUUCGUCUGUCUCGCAGACCAGCAAGCACCGGCUAAAUGUCUCGGACUGGAACGAGAAGGUAGUGCGUGAAUCAAGGUCUACCAAUGAGUCUCAAAAGUCUUAUGCUGCUGACCCUCCUCGUCCUCCGAAGCAUGGAUUUGAGUGGGUGUGGUUUCCGCAGGGCUAUUGGGCCGAACGAGAGAUACUCGAGCAUACCCCAAAGAAUCGAAAGAGCCCACACUGGUGGUUCAGUCGAUCCUCUGGGUCACGCAAAGAUAGCACUGGCAGCUCAGGUAGCAAAUCCAAAGCCCCAUCAACCAAGACCCCGACAACAACAAUAUCGGCCCCGAUUAAACUGGGGGGAAGCAGAUCAAAAUCGCAAGACAGCUCCCUCCUUCAGGGUCCGAACAACGUCGAAGGCCAGGCCAUAAGCUUUGAUUUCAGAAGUGGAUCUAAGAGGCUUGUCCGAGGGUUGCAGCUGAUGUUGCCAAUUUUCCCCCGCCGCACUUCACCUAGCGGCGAGCGCAAAGGUUUGAAUGACAAGACUAGGAAAGGCCUUGAGGUUUAUUUCCCGACGAAAAAGAAAAAUGUGCACUUAGAUGAUGGAGUAGUGGCAUCCUCAACCCCAAUACCGUCCCAGACAACAACCCUUCUUGAAGAAGCUUUCAGCUACUUCGAUCGAGCACGGGAGCCCAACAAUAGGCAUCAGCGUGGAAUAGAACACCCACUAACACCGUCCUCACCUGAGGCGAGGUCUCGUCAUGGAUUGGGACUCGCACCAUGGCAUCGCAGGACUUCACAGGAAUAUUUGGUGUCUGCAUCGAGUUCCGUCCAUAAACUCUUGAUGGGGAAGACACCUUUAGCAACUCCAGUAUCGGAACCCAAGUACACUGGGCCAGAUGUUGAAAUAUCUUCUCCAGGACAACCCAGUUUCCUGCCCUCGGAGGCGUCUCGACUCGUUACUCCACCAGAUUUCGAGGAGACAACCCCUGUACCAGAAUUAGGAGAGUUCCAUUUCCAUCUGAGCUCUCCAGAAGAAGAGCAAAGACAGACAAGCCAGAGGUCUCGGUCUGGCGCCCCGACUCAUAUUGAAGAGGGAAUAGCUUCUCCUGAAGGUUGUGGCGGCACAGCCAUAUCAGCAACUAAGAUGGCGAGGAGCACCAGUUCACCUCAAUUCGAAUUGAACUAUCCAGAGCACCUCCCAAACAGCCCCUUGUGCCCGAGAAAUCCAAUGCAUGAGAGUGGGGGCCUGGGCAUUUGCGUGUAUCACGGGAGGAGGAGGGAGACAAUUAGUACAGCUGAUGGGGUCAUAGGAGACGCACAGGAAUGA